CCAUGUCGGUAAAUCGUUCCAACAGCCAAGUACGCAACCUGCUCGCCAUGUUCGAGAACAACAACACAAACAACACCACAUCCACAUCCACCGAUUCUACCUCGCCUGACCGCGGCCGCUCCAACGGCCAUCUGUCCCCAGCCUCCAACGGCGACCGUCCCCUAUCAAAGGUCCGCUCGAGCUUCGUCUCUGUCGAGCACGGCAGCCCAAACAGCCCGAGCCCUGCCAUGGACAUCGAUCCGCAAAAGACAAAGGACGAGUAUCAGUCCAGGCAAGAGAGUUCUGCCAGCCUCCGCCGCCACAGCUUCAGUCUGGAUGAUGGCAGCAAUGCCGUCGCCAACCUUAGGCAGAGUAUGAGCCAGGAGGAAGAACGCAGGGGCUCAAACCCCAUGGUGGCAGAGACGAUCCCAGAGGCUGCUAUUGAACAGACCCCCGCCGUCACCACCCCUGCAGUCGAGGCCAAGGACUACAUGGCCGCUGGACAAAUCGCUCAUGGUAAUGGUGAAAUGCCCCAGAGCAAGCUCCGAGACGAGGUUUCGACCGAGGAUGUGGUUGAGCCUGCCGCCGCCACCCAGACUACAGACAGCAACACUGCUCAACCCAUGACGCUACCUGCUGAUGACAUGCCUGCCGACAAUCCUGACAAGCCGUCAGUGUACAGGNUGUCUGGCGUGCAAGAAGAGCCGGGAUCCAUGCAGCCUUCUGAUCUCACUGAUCGCUCCCUCGUCUCACCUACUCCUGACGCUAGUUCAGACGACAAGUCGGCGCCGCCUACAGAGCUUCCCUCACGCGCCCGUCGUGGCACUGUCACAGCCGCCGACGCAAGCCCUGCCUCUGUGCCUCAUAGACCCGCCAACAUCGUCGCAACCGCGCCCGAGCCAUCAGCUGAAGCUUCAGAUUCUCCCAAAACGCCAACCUCUGUCAAGAAAGCGUCGGCACCCACGCCGGUCAAGAAAUCACCAGCAACCAAAUCAUCGUCUACCCUCUCGCCCAAGCCUCCAGUCCGAAAGCCUAGCAAUUCUUCGCUUGCCCAGGCUAAGUCGAAGCCUGACGCUGCUUCUAUCAAGACCAAAUCUCCUCAGUCUAAACCCACCCGGCCUCGAUCGCCCACCCGACCAAUCAAGGUGUCAUCGCAUCUCACUGCACCAACUGCCGCUUCAGCAGCAAGACAAGACUCCCAGCCUUCCAAAGCUUCAGUGUCUGUCUCCAAGCCCGCGGUAGCCAACCGUCCUCAAGCGCGUGCUCCUGCAGCCUCUGCAAAGCCCGCAGCUCGAUCAUCACUAGCAUCGACAUCCAGCGCCCCCAAGAAGACCGAAAGCAAGCCUGCUUCCAAAGGCCCUGAUGAUGGUUUCCUUGCACGUAUGAUGAGACCAACCGCGAGCUCGGCCAGCAAGGUGCACGACAAGACUGAAGUCAAAAGCCCUCCUAAGCGAACACCUUCUGUAGUCAGACCCAAGGCUCCCGUCAAGCCUAAGACAGCAAAGGUUGAGAAGCCCAAGUCUUCAUCUUCGGGCGAGAAGUCGGAACAAGCAGCCGGUGCUUCAACACCACAAGCAGUGUCUGACGAUCAGGAGCAUGGCAAUGCUGAAUUAGAAGCCACUCCAGCAUUUGACGCCGCAACGAUUCGU